AUGUCUCUCUCAGCCUUGGGACUCACCCCUCCUGAGGACCCUCCGAAUGGCCUUGUUUCUGCUUCAGUUCUCCCUUCUCGGGAGCCUGCUCUUCCUCCGGAGAGACGCCUGGGAGAAAAGGGAACAGCCAGCUUAUUCCUGAAAGCCAGACCUCAGGACCUGUUGACAUUUGAGGAUGUGGCUGUGGAAUUCACCUGGUGGGAGUGGGGUCAGUUGGACCCUGCUCAGAAGGACCUGUACCGGGAGGUGAUGCUGGAGAAUUUCAAGAACCUGGCCUCCCUGGGGUUUCCAGUGUCCAAACCAUAUAUGAUCUGCCAGUUGGAGGAAGGGGAAGAGCCCUGUAUUUUAGAGAGAGAAAUCUCAACAGGUGUUCACUCAGACUGGGAGAGAAGGCCUCAAGCCAAGGAAGCUAUGCUAAGUCAAGAACUUUCCAAAGAAGAAUUAUUGCAGAGAGCAUCAGUGGAGAAACACAUUAGAGAUGAACUCAGGUCCUCCAAACUGAAAGCAACCUGUGGUUGGGAUGACCAGGUAGAGAUGCAUCCAAAAAAACAGGAGAGAUAUCUGAAAGAAAUGUCACUCACUCACAAAUCUCCUCCCACCCUUAAGAGAGGUCAUGAAUGGAGUGAAUUUGGGACUGGUUCAGGUUUAAGAUCAGUCCCUAUUAACCAACACUGUGUUCCCACAGGAGAAGGAUACUAUAAAUGUGAUACAGCAUUCAGACAGACUUCAGGGAGAAGUAACUCUCGGAGAACUCAACCAGGGAAGAAAUCUUGCAAAUGCAGUGAAUGUGGGAAGUUGUUCCAUUUCCAGUCAGAACUUCGGCGCCAUCAGAGAUGUCACACUGGAGAAAAGCCGUAUGAGUGCAGUGAAUGUGGAAGAGCCUUUGGUCAUAUUUCAUCCCUUAUUAAACAUCAGAGAACUCACACUGGAGAAAAGCCCUAUGAAUGCAGUGAAUGUGGGAGAGCCUUCAGCCAGAGUUCCUCUCUUGUUCUACAUUACAGAUUUCAUACAGGAGAGAAACCCUACAAAUGUAAUGAAUGUGGAAGGGCCUUUGGCCAUACUUCAUCCCUUAUUAAACAUCAGAGAACUCACACUGGAGAAAAGCCCUAUGAAUGCAAAGAAUGUGGGAGAACCUUCAGCCAGAGUUCCUCUCUCAUUGUACACUACAGAUUUCAUACAGGAGAGAAACCCUACAAAUGUAAUAGGUAUGGGAGAGCCUUCAGCCAGAGUUCAUCUCUCACUCAGCAUUAUAGACACCAUACUGGAGAGAAACCCUACAAAUGUAAUGAGUGUGGAAGAGCCUUUGCUCACACUGCCUCCCUUAUUAAACAUCAGAAAAGUCAUGCUGGGGAAAAAAACCUAUGA